AAAGCAAAUGUGAUUUAUUUAUUUUUUUACCCCCGGUAAGCCGUGAUAUAUUUUAUGUGGAAAGUUACAUCUAAAGUAGCCCAAUAUCAAGAGCAAGCGUUAAUCUGACCAGACCCAGAGCUCACGAAGUUUUAGGCUGCUUUACUUUGACGUUGUAGGUAGGCUACAUGCACUCAGGAGAUAAACAGUUGCAAGACAACAUUUGGUGGUACCUGUUUGUCGGCAUAUUAUCAUUUCCUCUAUGCACGAGGACUGGACCCUCUGCGGGUUGUUAAAUGGACACAAACCUCCGCCACCGCGAAGAAGAAAGUGGGAGAGACCUGCUAUCCGAGCAGUAAGUCAUUUAUGAAGAACUGGGUAUAGCAGCGUAAACUCUACAACGCAGACAUGCCUAUGCAUGCCGUGACCUCGACGUUGAUGUACCGGGGAAUUUGCACCAUCCCCGACAUCUUAUCCUAUAAGGACCCGGUGACCCUGCCAGAGGAUGAGGUGGAGGAGAUCCGAGAAGCCUUCAAGGUGUUCGAUCGUGACGGGAAUGGCUUCAUCUCCAAGCAGGAGCUGGGUAUGGCCAUGCGCUCUCUUGGGUACAUGCCCAACGAGGUGGAACUGGAGGUCAUCAUACAGAGACUCGAUAUGGACGGGGACGGCCAGGUGGACUUUGAAGAAUUCGUCACCCUGCUCGGUCCCAAGCUGACGGCAGCAGGCAUGCCUGACAAGUUUAACGGAACAGACUUCGACUCGGUCUUCUGGAAGUGCGACAUGCAGAAGCUGACGGUGGAAGAGUUGAAGCGGCUGCUGUACGACACCUUCUGCGACCACCUGUCCAUGAAGGACAUCGAGAACAUCAUCAUGACCGAGGAGAGCCACAUCGAGAACCCAGACGACUGCCAGCUCGACAUAGACACUGAGAGUCCGACACAGCAGGUCAAGCAGACGUGCGUGAGGAAGAGCCUGAUCUGUGCGUUCGCCAUCGCCUUCAUGAUCAGCGUUAUGCUCAUCGCGGCCAAUCAGGUCCUCCGCAGCGGGAUGAAGUAGAGACCGCUGACCAGAAGUGG